CACUGGAUAGUAGGCAUCCGCCGGCUUCUCCAAGCCGUCGUAGACCAGGGCGACACUGUCAAGGCGGCUGCGUACUUCGCCGACCUGCGACAGCCGACGGACGUUAUCCGGAGUGGGUCCAUGUUCGUCGGCAUCCUUGUCGGCGAUAUCAUCAUAACUUACCGCAUCUGGCUCGGGUGGGGACGCGACUACCGAGUCAUUAUUCUUCCGACGUUCACCGUCAUUGGCCUCACGGGUAGGGAUGCACCUUUUGGACCCAGCUUCUACCCACUGAUCGUACUGCGAACCCCCUCAGCGACCGUAGUCGGUUUGAUGUAUAGAAUGCUCGCCGCUACCUCGAAUGAAAGUAUUUUUGCGGCAGAGUUCAACCGCUAG